GGGGCAACCCCUUGGGGUCCUUCGUGAGGCCGCUGGGACCGGCGAGAGAAGGAAGAAGCCUCGUUUCUCCCCCCGGAGCGCUGAUUGGCUCCGGCGGGCGGGAGGGCGUGAGUCAGCCCGCCCCGCGCUUCGCUCCGAUUGGCUGAGACGCGGAAAGUGGGCGGGGCGCUGGGAGGGAAACGUUUACCCGGGAAAGUCUCGCGUGGCGCCGCCCCGGCUCCCGGUCCCGGCGGGCACCGGCCGGACAUGAGCCAGCUCCGGGCCGCGGCCGCCGCCGCCGGGGGGCUCCGGAGGAGCGGCCCGAGGGUGGCCCCUUCUGCGCGGCGGAGCAGGAAGGACGCGUCACCCCGCAGAGCGGCCCCAGCUCCAGCGCCGUCCCCGCCGUGCUCCCGGCAUCUCUUCAGCGACCCGGCUGAGACCGAGGCCCUGCGCAGCAAUCUGCUCGCUUGGUACGACAGGUGCAAGCGGGACCUUCCCUGGAGGACACGGGCAGCAACUGAGCCAGAUGCUGACAGACGGGCAUAUGCAGUGUGGGUGUCUGAGAUCAUGCUCCAGCAGACACAGGUGGCUACAGUGAUCGACUACUACAACCGCUGGAUGCAGAAGUGGCCAACGCUGCAGGCUCUGGCACAGGCAUCCCUGGAGGAGGUGAAUGAGCUGUGGGCUGGACUUGGCUACUACUCGAGAGGGAAGCGUCUGCAGGAGGCAGCGAGGAAGGUGGUGUCUGAGCUGGCUGGUCAGAUGCCCAGGACAGCUGAGGACCUGCAGAAGCUGCUGCCAGGAGUGGGCCGGUACACGGCAGCAGCCAUCGCAUCCAUCUCGUAUGGGCAGGCUACUGGUGUUGUGGAUGGGAACGUGAUCCGGGUCCUGUGCCGGCUGCGGUGCAUUGGUGCUGACUCCAGCAGCCCGGCUGUCAUUGACCGGCUCUGGGACAUGGCCAAUGCCCUGGUAGACAGGAGCCGCCCGGGGGAUUUUAACCAAGCCCUGAUGGAGCUGGGAGCAACUGUGUGUGUGCCCAAGGCCCCACUGUGUGGGGAGUGCCCUGUGAAACAGCACUGCCGAGCACGGCUCAGGGUGGAGAAGGAGCUGGCCUCUGCCUCUCAGAAGCUGCUUGGAAAAGCCACCCCAUUGCCUGAUGUUGAGGACUGUGGUGCUGGGGGCUGCUCCCUGUGCCCUCCGGCCGCGGAGCCGUGGGACAGCAGCCUGGGGGUCACCAACUUCCCCCGGAAAGCAGCCAAGAAGCAGCUGCGGGUGGCGCGAGCGGCCACGUGCGUGCUGGAGCGGAGGGGCCUCGAGUACCUCAUCGUGCAGAGACCCAGCUCAGGUCUCCUGGCCGGGCUGUGGGAGUUCCCAAGUCUCCCACUGGCUCAGGAUCUACAGGAGGAGAAGCAGAGGGAGGCACUGGCCGAGCACCUCCGGGCCUGGAUAGGGCAGCCUGUGGUGGCUGGAGACCUGCAGCUCAUCGGAGAGGUCGUCCACAUCUUCUCUCACAUCCACCAGACAUACGUGGUCUACUCCUUGUCCCUGGAUGGGGAUGUGACCCUCGACCCUGCCUCAUCCCCAUCCCGCUGGGUGACAGAGAAGGAAUUCCAUGCCUCAGCUGUCUCCACAGCUAUGAAGAAGGUCCUGAAAGCGUGUGAGAAGCAGCGAGAGAAGGGGAGCAACCCUGGCCAGGGCUCCAAGAGGAAGCGAGGGGCAAAGGCACAGGGCACAGGCAGCACCAGCCCUGGGACACAGCUCUCCCUCCGCGCCUUUCUCCGGCCACCAACUGCCCCAUGAUGGCACCUUCAACAUGAGACCACCAGAGCCCUGUGCUGCCGUGAGUCCUGCCUGUGGUGUGCGCAUGGCAUUCCCCUGUAUUACUGUGAGCCCAGUUCACAGCCCUGUAACAGUGCCCCGUUCCUUGCAGAAUCCACCAGGCUCCCCCAUAGGGAGCUGUGCCUUGAUGUGGCCCCUAUGAUACUGGAUGUGCCAGGAGCCAGGCUUGCCCUCCUGCCUUGGUUGGAGCCCUCCUGGGCUUAUCUGGCUCCAUACAACCGCUGCUCCAGCACUGUGGGCUCGUGGCAGCAGGAAGGCUGUGGCCACAUUGCUCCUGCAGCCCUGUCUCCGCGUGCACCUCAUCUGCCAGGCAGGGAUUGUGGAUCCUGCUGUCCCCUUCCCGGCCUCCCACAGCCCUUUUUAUACACUUGUUUUUACCGAACCUGAGCCACAGGCUUUCUAAUAAUAAAUCUAAAGAGUGUGUGGGUUUUGUAA